AUGACCGCUGAAACCCCGCUUGUUCGGGGCCAUCGCCUAACGCCGUCAUUCACCGAUUCCGCGAUUGAUGUUGAGCUUACAGAGGAGUUUGUGCAUGACCACGACGAUGUGAAAGCUACUACUGCGUCUUCGAAUGGCGACGUGGUUAUGUUGAAUCAGCGGAUUGUCCAUAUUGGGCAUCUAGUCGCCAAUAAUAAUGCUCUACGGGGAUUAUCGCAAGACGAUUGCGCCGCAGUGAACACAUACCUGGACAAUAUUGAGAAAUUACUCGAUCCACGAGCAGACAUAAGUCAGACUGUUGCACUCAAUUGCCCUGCUUCGUCUACAGGUAAUGCGACACCCACAGCCUCGGACUCUCGACGCAAAUCAUUCUCCAAAAACGCCGCUCCUCAAUCCAUAACAACAACAUCGCAACCGCAAUUGCAAACGGUAUCCCACGACCUAACCUCCGUCCUAAAAGAACUAUCCAGCGUAAACUCCGAAUUACGACAAAGAUACCUCGAAUCCCGCCACAUCCACGAUUUGUUUAUUAUCAAAUGCGAGGGAUUAGCGCAGAGAAUACUCGAGUUGGAGGAGGAAGUUCAUGAAUUGAAAUCAGAUAUACUAGAAGACACAAUCGAACUCGAAGGUCUGCGCGGCACAGUUCGCGGCCUCGAUAGUUGGGUUAAUCGAUGGCAACGACAGCGCGACUCUUCUUCUUCAUCUUCUUCUUCGCCUUUGAAAGUGCGUUCAAAGUCGAAGAGUUAUUGGAGACGGAAACCUAAACCUGCGGACAGAAACGAAGAGGAGGAGGAAGAUGGGAAUGAUCUUGAUACGCUUUUGGAUGGGGUGUUGGCUUGGAUGAGAGGUUGGAAUGAUGUCGAAGAAGGAUUUUUGAUUAGAGCGAGGAGGAGGAAGUUGAGACGCGAGAAAAAAGGUCAGCUAUCUGCUUGA